GUCCCAGGCUCAAGCUACAAAUACCCUACUUGCUCGCUACUCGUAACUCGUGAUUCUCUCAAUUGAUCCAAAAUACUUGACUGAGAAAGGCCAGAGGAAAUAGUAAUAAAAGACGGGUGAGACCAAAUUCUUUUUUCAUAACUGCGAAAGAUAUAGUGAAGAUGGAGGGGAGAGAAGAAGAUGUGCGGGUCGGAGCAAAUAAGUAUGGAGAGAGGCAACCUAUAGGAACGGCUGCUCAGGCCCAAGACGUCAAGGACUACACAGAGCCACCUCCAGCGCCACUUUUUGAGCCUGGAGAGUUGUCAUCAUGGUCUUUUUACAGGGCAGGCAUUGCUGAAUUUGUUGCCACUUUCUUGUUCCUUUACAUCACAGUCCUCACUGUCAUGGGCGUGGCGAAAUCCCCCACCAAGUGUUCCACGGUUGGCAUUCAGGGCAUUGCUUGGGCUUUUGGUGGGAUGAUUUUUGCUCUUGUCUAUUGCACUGCUGGCAUUUCAGGAGGUCACAUCAACCCAGCUGUGACUUUUGGACUGCUGUUGGCAAGGAAGUUGUCGUUGACAAGGGCGGUGUUUUACAUGCUAAUGCAGUGUCUAGGAGCAAUAUGCGGAGCCGCUGUUGUAAAAGCUUUUCAAAAGGGCCAGUACGAGAUGCUUGGUGGUGGUGCUAACACUGUCAGCACAGGUUACGCCAAGGGCAGUGGACUUGGAGCUGAGAUUGUUGGCACCUUCGUACUUGUUUACACUGUCUUCUCCGCCACCGAUGCCAAGCGCAAUGCCAGAGACUCCCAUGUUCCUAUCCUGGCACCACUGCCUAUUGGAUUUGCAGUGUUCUUGGUGCACCUGGCAACCAUUCCUAUUACAGGCACAGGCAUUAACCCAGCCAGAAGUCUUGGUGCAGCCCUCAUCUACAACAAAGACCAAGCUUGGGAUGACCACUGGAUCUUCUGGGUAGGACCAUUCAUUGGAGCAGCACUUGCAUCCUUGUACCACCAGAUCGUGAUCAGGGCCAUCCCUUUCAAAUCGAAAUGAUUCAUAACAGAAACAAGGCUCUUUAUCGUUCCCAAUCAAUGGAUGUUUGAAACAAUCCUGUUUAUCUGCUACCAUGGGAUCUAGCUAUUUCCUUUCUGUCUCUUAUUUUAGCAUGUACUUUGUGAAGAAAAGAAAAUGUUAUAGCUUAAGGUAUUUGGUUAUUCCCUCUCAGUGAAUUCUCCACUCACCAGAUUACCAGAACUAUACAUGUCGGAAAUCAUGAAAUUUGGCUCUCAAUUGCGUCUGGGAGCCUCUGCUCUGUUGAAGUGUCAUAUUUACACUAUAAAUUAUUUCAUGUAAUGGAUCUAUACAUAUGUGACAAGAUUUCGUA